UCACCGUGCAUGUCCUCCUUAGUCUUGACACUACCCUUUUCAGUUCUCAGCGAUCCGCGCGAGAGAGCGAAGAAGACGGUGACCUAAUUUAGUUCGAAGUCGCCAGUUUACGGCGAGUCGUCUAUCGGAUCCGGCCAUUCGAGCAACAGUGGAAGCAGAUAUAUUGGAUUCUGAUUUCUGGGAACCACCAAACCAUGGCAGAAGCUUUCACAUCUAAUCUAGCUGGAAUGUCAAAGAACCAGCUAUAUGACAUCAUGUCUCAAAUGAAGACUCUGAUUGAACAGAACCAACAGCAAGCUAGACAGAUACUUGUGGAGAAUCCUCUUCUGACUAAAGCCCUUUUCCAGGCACAAAUUAUGCUUGGAAUGGUGCAACCUCCUCAAGUGAUGCCAGACAUUCAGCAAGCACUUUCUCAGCAUCCUCAGCAAAUGGCACGACCAGGUCAGCAGCUAAAUCUUCAAGCUGCUCAGUCGUUGCCUAUGCCAUUUGGACAGCAGGACCAAUCAAGUGCAUCUCAGGCUCAAAUUCAAUCGAGGAAGCCACACCCAAAUCAACCUGUGAUGCCCAUAUCAUCUGGUUCUGUUCCACCAGUGACACUUCAGUCCCAGAGCAUGCCAUCACAUGCACUACCAACUGUGCAGCAGGCUAAGGGACAUCCAAAUGCACCACUGACUUCCAUGCCACAUUCUGUAUCCUCUCAACUUCAUAAUGUACCUUUGCCUAAUGUCUCCAAUCAGCCGCAACAAUCAUUACAGACCAGUGGUGUUCCACUUAUGCAUCUGCAACCGCCCCUGCAACCACCUCUGCUACAGAAACCGAGGCCACCUUCAAUGCCACCUUACCCACAUCAGCAACAUUUGAAUAUGGGCGCUAAUUUGGGUUACCAGCACUCUAGUUCAUCCCAGCCUCAUUUUUCACAAUCCAUAUAUCAUUCAGGUGCCAGGCCUCCAGUUAGCAUUGGUCCUUCAUUUCCAUUGGGACAGCCACCACCCCAAUCACUUUAUCAGGCUGGAGGAUCACAUUUGGCGACAGAUUUUGGUAAUCAAGCCGGAGGCUCCAUGCAAAUGGAAAGAGGAGCUUCUUGGAUGACUGGUCCACCAGACAAUGCAACAGCAGUACAGCUUGCAGGUCCACCUUCAUUGGCCCCUGGUCAGAUGGGCCCGGGCGGUCAGCCAGGUGGUCAGCUUCCUCGUACACCACAGUUGACGCAGGAAAUGGAGAAGACACUGCUUCAGCAGGUCAUGAGUCUCACACCAGAACAGAUUAAUUUGUUGCCACCUGAGCAAAGACAUCAGGUGCUUCAGCUACAGCAGAUGCUGCGCUAAUUGUUGAAGUCUUCUUGUUUUGAGAAGCUCGAGUAUGCAGGAAGUGAGAUAUUCUCUUGAUGAUAUUGAUCUUCUUAUAUCCCAAUCAUUGUGGCAGAGAAUGUUCCAUUAUUUUUUGCGUUUAUAUUGAGUUAUAGGACAUCUUCAUCGAAGGAGUGUCCAGGAAGUUAAAUAUGAAGAAGUUAAAGCCAUCAAGAUCUUGUGCAAGAGAAGGCAGAAAUUAAAUUUUCCGUUUUGAGUUCUCGCUGCUAUGCGGUUAAUGGCAAAUUGUUGCUGCUUCACAUUACUGUGGACUUGCCUUGAUAUUUUCAUUUGCAGGGAAAUCUGUCUCAUUUCAUUGUGAAACUUUUCGAUCCUUGUCCUUGUUACUAUGUUCUUUUACAGCUUUCUGGUAAAUCAUUGUGUGGUUCUAGAGUCUAAAACACAGUUACAUUGUGACUAGUUAUUUCAGCACUAAAGACUUUGGUUAGAGAAGAGGGCUAAAGAUCUCUUAGUGGCA